UGCAGGGCGCAGGCGCAGGCGGGCGCGGCGCCCUGGUCCCCAUGGCGCUGCAGUAGCGGUGCUGGUGCGUGGGAGCCGGGAUGAGCGCGUCCGAGGCGGACCGCGGGGCGUGGCUGCUGGUGCUGAGCUUCGUGUUCGGGUGCAACGUGCUGCGGAUCCUCCUGCCGUCCCUUUCCUCCUUCGUUUCCAGGGUGCUGCAGAAGGAUGCAGAGCAGGAGUCACAGAUGAGGGCAGAGAUCCAGGACAUGAAGCAGGAGCUGUCCACUGUGAACAUGAUGGAUGAAUUUGCCAGAUAUGCCCGGCUGGAAAGGAAGAUCAACAAAAUGACGGACAAGCUCAAAACUCACGUGAAAGCACGGACAGCUCAGUUGGCCAAGAUCAAAUGGUUCAUAAGCGUUGCUUUCUACAUACUACAAGCAGCUUUGAUGGUCUCGCUCAUUUGGAAGUACUACUCCGUCCCUGUGGCUGUGGUGCCCAGCAAGUGGAUCACCCCGCUAGACCGCCUGGUAGCCUUUCCUACUCGAGUAGCAGGUGGAAUCGGAAUCACCUGUUGGAUUUUAGUCUGUAACAAAGUUGUGGCUGUUGUCCUCCACCCUUUCAGCUGAGGGGACAUGUGCAGCUACAAGACUGUGCAGAAAGGAUUUCCACAGGGUAAAGAGCUGAUUGCACAGACGUCCACAGGGGCUUGUUUUUGUGUUUGGGAACAUAUUUGCUUUUGCUCUUCACCUGGGAGUCUUGUCUGAGUCAGGAUUUCCUACACUUGUUGUCACUGAGCCAGAAAGAGACCAGUUAUGACACUUACGUAUCGCUGACAUAGUUUUGGAUCCAUAUGAACUGUGAACCAUCAGGUGGCAUUUGCAUGCUGGCACUUGCUCUGGGCAUGGUUUGGUUAUGUUGCCAGCUGCCAAGACUUUUCUAACAACUCCAAUAAUGCCGUUUUUAAUUUUAGAAAAAAAAAAAAAAAACACUUUUUUUUUUUUUUUAGAAAAUUAGAAAAAAAUAUCACUACUAGAACUCUGCUUUUUAAUUCGUGAGGUUCAGCUGAAAGUGACACCAGUGGAUGCUGUUUGUCCUCGUCCUCCUGUUUAAAUGCCAUUUGCUGGGCCGUAAAUGUGUGUAAAGCAUCACCAUGUAGCUAAGCCUGUUAAUUUUUCAUAGUGGUUCCUAUGUGUGUCCAUGAGACCACGUUAUAUUGUUUUUAUUUAAAGCCUUUCAAAUGAAGUAUGUCUUUAAAGCAUUGGGUCUCUAUGCUGUAUAGUGUGGAACAGAGUUAAGCAAGGUGGGGUCUGAUCCAGUUCAUUUGAACCGAGACUCAUUUGGCUCAUGAAGUUACAAGGCAGAGUUCUGCCAAGUCUGGGUAUUUUUGUUUUUGUUUUUUUGAGACAUAGUCUCUCAAUGUAGUCCUGGCUAUCCUGGAAUUCUGUACAUAGACCAGGCUGGCCUUGAACCUACAGAGAUCCACCUGCCUCUAUCUCCCAAAUACUGGGAUUAAAGGUGUGUGCUGCUACACCUAGCUCCAAGUCUGUUUUUGAAGCACUUUUCCUAGUUACAGUAUUUGCCAGGCUGUGGUCCUAGACUCUGGGGAACCAGAGCACAGAAAAGCUACUGCUAUCACAUGUCUCUGCACAGCUCUGAUUGUCCUGGCACUCACUGGACCAGGCUGACCUGCAACUUAUAGAGAUCCUCUUGUCUCUGUCUCCCACUUUCUGGGAUCAAAGGCAUAGCACUGGGUUUUGAAGGAUCAUAUUUAUAUUGUUAUGUUUCCUAAUGAGCUCAUAAAUAGUGUGUUUUUUUGACUGUACUGUGAACAGGCUGAGUGUGGCCCUUUGGUCUGUUGUCAGAUGGAGUACCACCAGAGCAGGCUUGAGGGUCCACUGAUUUAAAUGCAGCCAACCCUGUAGAUUCAUGGUACCAAGGUUAGUUGGCUAUAAAGGGCACAAAUGGAGUGCAGCAGUAUGCGUAGACAAAGUGGACCUGCCCACCAGCUCCGGCAUCCUCACCACACAGGAAACACUUGGACUACAGAAGAUUAGUCCAGGACCUGAGGAGGUUGGAGCGGCACUGGAAGCUGCAGAAUUUGGCUCACUCCAGGGGUUCAGCACUCAGGGAGGGGGAAGGGAUGCACCUUGGUCCUUUUUGUAGUGAGCUGCAAUCUGGAAUGGUGCAUCAUUUAGUCAGCCAGAGUUGGCAUCCAGACCAUAAGCCUCUCAAAGGGUGUGUGAUUCCGACUGACCCUGCAGGAAAAAGGUGACAGAAGGGUUAGUUUGUUCUCAAAUGUUAGGCCCCCACAUGCAUAAUGUGUGUGAGACUGUUAGUGUCCCCCGUGUGUACAAUGUUAAGACUGAGUGGGGGACAUCACCAUGUCUCCCCCAGAAUCGUAUUAAUAAUACAGUAAUAAACAUUGGACUAACGAGGAA